AUGGACAAUCAUGGAUCAGUGGACGCCCAAUGCUCAACAGUCUCCCUGCCUGAGCUUACUGGGCUGGUCUCAGUGGUGGUGUUGCAGUCUCCUCGCCUUGUUGUGCUGGGGGACUUCAACAUCCACGCCAAGGCAGCUUUGUCAGGAGAAGCUCAGGACCUCAUGUCCUCCGUGCCGACCAUGGGACUGUCGCAAAUGGUAUCUGCUCCCACUCAUGCUGCAGGGCACACUUUAAACAAGUUUUUCUGUACUGGGGUAGAUUUUGGUGAUCUGGUUUUCAGUGGAGGAGACAAGAAGAAGAACAGGAACCUGGCGUCAGAAAUCUGUUUCCUUGCUUCCCAUUUCCCCCCCCCUUGCUUCCACCUCCUGCAGGUGAAUGGUCGGGAAUUGUCCCGCCUCUCACAGGAGCAGACCCUGGAAGCCCUUCGGUGUUCUAAGGAGCCACUGGUGAUCCAGGUGCUACGGCGCAGUCCCCGCAGCCGAGGUGGUGGAAGUGAAGGUGCUGCCCCCCAGAAUGAUCCCACCACGCUGGUAGACAACGGGACUCAGACAGACAUCACCUUUGAACACCUAUUAGGGCUGGGAAGGAUGCGGCCUCCAAGUCCCCCAGCUGUGACCCUGGAACCCUAUGGGCUGCCGGAUCUCCCUGCAAUAGGCCAUGAAUAUUAUGACCCUGUGGAAUUCAUGGAAGGAGGUGCUCCAGAGACUGAGCGUGCAGAAGAGUUGGAAUAUGAGGAGGUGGAACUGUACAAAUCCAGUCACAGGGACAAGCUGGGCCUGAUGGUUUGUUACCGAACUGAUGACGAGGACGAUGUAGGCAUCUACGUUGGAGAGGUGAACCCCAACAGCAUCGCUGCCAAAGAUGGACGCAUACGGGAAGGAGAUCGUAUUGUCCAGAUUAAUGGCAUGGAGGUGCAAAAUCGGGAGGAGGCUGUAGCCAUUCUCACCCAGGAGGAGCGAACAAACAUUUCUUUGCUGCUGGCUAGGCCUGAGACUGAGCUGUCCAAACGCUGGAAGGACAGUGACCGUGAAGAUUUCCUAGAUGACUUUGGUUCUGACCAUGAAGCUGGAACAAAACCCGGGCGGCUCCUUUCUCCACCAAGUCAGCAGAAUGAACCUCUACCAGAAAAGCCAGCUGGGGAUCCCGCCACACCGCUGACCAACAGCCAGGAGCUAGAUAGUGGCGUCGGUCGAACUGACGAAAGCACCCGCAAUGAGGAGAGCUCUGAGCAUGACCUUCUAGGAGAUGAAGCACCCAGUGCUGCCAACACCCCAGGGACCCUACGGAAGUUUGGGCCCAGCCUGCAGCCCCGUGACUUCCAUUACAGCAUGGACUCAUUGCUGGCAGGAGAGCCUCCCAGCGCUGUGGGGACAGACCUGAUGCCGGGGCUUACGGAUGAAGAGUACGAACGCUACCGGGAGCUCUUGGAGCUGAAAUGUCACUUGGAGAACGGCAACGACCCUGGCCUGGUCAGCGCAGCACUGGAUGUUAACCGAAACGAGGUCGCCCUGCUGGAGGAGGAACUCCGACAUCUGGAGUUUAAGUGCCGCAACAUCCUGCGGGCGCAAAAAAUGCAGCAGCUACGGGAGCGAUGCAUGAAGGCCUGGCUGCUUGAGGAGGAAGGAUUAUAUACCUUGGAAGGAGAACCUAAGAAGCAUGAGUUGUCAGACAUCACCGAGCUGCCAGAACGUUCAGACAAGGACAGCACCAGUGCCUACAACACCGGGGAGAGUUGCCGAAGCACCCCCUUGUUGGAAAGCCCUUUGCGCCGCUUGGCUGAGCCCCCCAACCUCAACCGGACUGCCCCUCCUUCACCUCCACAGCCGAAAUUCCGGCGGGAAGAGCGAGUGCGGCGCAGCAGCCCCAAAGCAGCCGGAGAAAGCAGCCCGUAUCUGAGUCGGCGGCAACGGGAAGAGCCGCCUGCUCCUAUCAGCCCUAUGAGCUUAGCCAGCAUAUGCAAGGACUCUCUUGGGGCCAAAGGGGAGCCCCGCAUGGAGUGGAAAGUGAAGGUCCGCAGUGACGGCACACGCUACGUGGCCAAAAGACCAGUGAGGGACCGGCUGCUCAAGGCCAGGGCGAUGAAGAUCCGCGAGGAACGCAGUGGCAUGACCACAGAUGAUGACGCCGUGAGUGAGAUGAAGAUGGGACGCUACUGGAGCAAGGAGGAGCGGAAGCAGCACCUGAUUCGUGCCCGUGAGCAGAGGAAGCGCCGUGAAUUUAUGAUGCAGAGCCGACUGGAGUGCUUGAGGGAACGGGAAGGCAGCGAAGCCCGAGGCAUGUCAAGUGAGGUUAACAUCCUGGCUUUGAGUCACCGGAAAACCAUGAAGAAACGGAGUCGCCGUAUCCUGGACAACUGGAUCACCAUUCAAGAGAUGCUGGCACACGGCACCCGUUCAGCUGAUGGGCGCAGAGUGUACAACCCGCUUCUGUCUGUCACCACCGUUUGAGCACAUCAGAGGGAAACACAGAGGGAACUGCAUUGUCCUUUAUGCCCUGCUGGUGUGCCAGAGAAUGUUAAAAAAAAAAAAA